AACAUCGGCGUCGUCAGGAUAGACCCAGCGAUGGUGAACGUGAACUGGUGUAUGUUCUUGCUCCGACUCCCACGCGUCAAACUCUUUCUGCAUAUCAAGAUUAUCGAGAUACUGUAGCGUCGUCAUCAACAACCGACUCGAAUCAAUUGGAUCGGAGCGGCUAUGAAGGUGGUACUAACACCACUAAUGAGGCUGUUGGUAAUAUUGUGCAGGAUGAGGGUUCGGCAUCGGUUGCUGUAAACCAUGCUUCUAAUAUUAAUGAAGUUAAUGCGUUCACUGAUCAGGUCAAUUGA